AUGUUCCUCCACGCUGGUCUUCUGUGGUUUUAUUUUGUCAUAACAAGAAGCUUUGGGGUUUCUUCAUUUCCAGAUGAGGCCGAACCAAUCAUUAGAGUUGGAGUUGAAAAUCUCCAGACAUAUCCUGUAUUUAUUGGGAGUGGUCCCAAUAGAAGUCCUUCAAAGAAAAGUAACCAGUUGAACAUUCAGAAAUUUCUAAAAGUCAACAGAACUCUGUACAUUGGGGACAGGGAUGCACUCUAUCAAAUGUUGCUGGACUCCAACACUUUAGAUUUGAAGUACGAAAAGAAAUCCAUCUGGAAAUCAAACCAUCAGGAUAUUCAUGUGUGUCGAAUGAAAGGAAAACAGGAGGAGGAAUGCAGAAACUUUGUGAAGGUUCUUCUUUUCCAUGGAAAAACCCUAUUUGCUUGUGGAACUAAUGCUUUUAACCCCAUAUGUGCAGACUUCAGUUUUGAUUUGCUUGAACAAGUUGGGGAAAUAAUCAAUGGAAUGGCACGAUGUCCAUAUGAUCCAAAACAUGGAAAUGUGGCUUUGUUUGCAGAUGGAAUGCUGUUCACUGGUACAGUAACGGAUUUUCUUGCAAUUGAUGCUGUCGUUUAUCGCAGUCUUGGUUAUCUUCCAACUCUACGAAGUAUUAAACAUGACUCAAAAUGGUUUAAGGAUCCAUAUUUUGUCAAUGCUGUGGAGUGGAAGGACCAUGUGUAUUUCUUCUUUAGGGAGAUUGCAAUGGAGUUCAACUACUUUGAGAAGGUACUGGUAUCACGUGUUGCUCGUGUAUGCAAAAAUGACAUGGGGGGAUCUCAACGUGUUCUGGAAAAGCAGUUCACAUCCUUUCUUAAAGCUCGCCUUAACUGUUCCAUCCCAGGAGACUCUCAUUUUUACUUCAAUGUAAUACAAUCAUCCAGUGAAAUUCUAACAUUAGAAGGAAAACCCAUUGUUCUUGCUCUCUUCUCCACUCCAGCUAACAGUAUACAGGGCUCUGCCGUCUGUGCAUUUGACAUGGAACAGGUGGCCUUGAUAUUCUCUGGUCGGUUUAAAGAGCAGCGCAAUCCAGAGUCUGUAUGGACGCCUGUUCAAGAGGAGCUAGUCCCAAAGCCACGCCCAGGUUGCUGUAUUGGCCCUUCCAUGCCCUAUAAUUCUUCUCGAAGUCUUCCUGAUGACGUGCUAAAUUUUGUAAAGUCGCAUCCCUUGAUGGAAGAGUCUGUUCUCUCUGUUGGAGGUUUUCCAUGGAUAACACGUACACUGUCAAGGGACCAGCUAACGCACAUUGCUGUUGAUACAUCUUGCGGUAUAUUUGGCAAUGAAACAGUUAUUUUUCUUGGCUCCAACUCUGGAAUUGUCCUGAAGUAUCUUCUUACUCCUAAACUGGGUAUAUUUGAAAUAGAUAUCUGCAAACACAACAUCUUGCUUGAAGAGAUCCAGACAUACCCUGCAGACAGAUGUGGUCAGGAGGAAGAAGACCAGAGAAUCAUAGGUCUGGAAGUGGACAAGGGUUCAGGAUCUCUCAUCGUGGUGUAUUCCAAAUGUGUGGUGAAAGUGCCGCUUGCACGUUGUGAUAGACAUAAUGGAUGCUUGAAAAGUUGCCUGGAAACACGUGACCCAUAUUGUGCUUGGGAUCCAGAAAACAGCCUCUGUGUAUUUAUUCCUCUUAGAUUCAGGGAUCAUCAUGAGCAAGAUCUUGGUGGAGAACAAACAUCUCGGCUUGGAAACUGUGAUGGUUUAUUCACACAAAGCCUCACAGAAUAUAGAGUUGUUGAAGUAUCUGUCAACAUGCUGGUUGUUUCCACUGUAGCAGCAUUUCUUGUGGGUGCAGUAUUGUCAGGUCUAGGGGUGUGCUUUUUGAGCUCUCAACAGAGCAGAAAGCUGAAGUGUAGACAAAAAGACAAGGACAGUGGCGUCAUACUAGACAAUUCUGUUAAAAGUGUGAGUAGAAGUAGAGACUUAAGCCACCCAGAUCAUGACUCUGUAUUCACAUCUUUAAGACAACAUGGCUGGAACCCUGGCAACAGUAAGGAACACUGUGGCAUUCCACCAACUCCUGAACAGACACCUGAACAGCACAAAAGAAUCAUUAAUUCCCAAGAGUAUAUUAAUUUCUCAUUGCUAGAUUCAUCAGCCAGCUUAUUGCAAGACAUGCAUCUGUCAUCUUCUAGUUUACCAACAGAUAGUCGAUAUAAAUCCCAGGACCCACAUUUUUCCUGCCCCAAUAAAGAGGACUCCCACUAUGCACCACUAAAUAAGGAAGAUUCCCACUAUUUACCUCUGAAAGAAGAUGAGUCCCAAUAUUUAUCACAGCAUGAACAAUCAGUUCGAAUUCUAAAUCAUCAUGGAGAAGAUACUUGUUUUUACCUAUCACUUCCGGUGAAUGAGUCUUACACUCUACCUGUGGAUGAGAAUCAAUAUUUACCUCAAAACAGGAGCAGUCCUAACUUCAUGUCCAAGUGCAUACAGGAAUAUUUAACUCCGUAUGGAGAGAAAAUGCCGUAUCACUCAUCACUAGGACCUGACCCACAAUAUAUGCAUGCAGAAUUGCCCUACCUUUGCUCUGGCAGAAAACAGAGACAUGUAGUUUCUGCUUCUAGAAAUGAGAAUCCUUGUCAAAGACCUUACCGAGGCAGUACUCCCCAGUUAUCCUCACAUAUGAAGAGAGAGCUGACUUUUAACUGUGAGGAAAACUGGCGAAGACCCACUGAUACUACGUACAUUUAUCCUCGAACAUCUCAGAGCUUAACGCCUGGCUCAGAUUUCAAAUUAAUGUUGCAAUUUGGAAUACCACAUACUUCUAAAUCCCAGUAA